CAGCCCAGCUGACAAGCUGCUACAGCAGCAGCCACACAAGUCGACUCUCGAGAUUUUAACCUGCUCGUUUUCGCUGCGUCGCUUUUAUUGCCUGUGCUUUUUGUGUCUUUUUUUCCCUACGUCAGACACAACUUUAAAAAGUAAAAAAAAGGGGAGAGACAGGAUUGUAAAAUCGAUUUAGCAGGACACCGUGGCGAAAGGAGGGCAAAGGUGGAAUCUUCAGUGACCCGGACCCCAACCAGGACUGCAUGAGAGAAAGUGGUGACAUAAGGGAGGUAAAGGCACGAAAAGCUCGGCGCAUUUCAAAGGGCAAGACUGGAGUACAUUAUUUAAUGCUUUAAAUAUCAAGAAACUACUGUAUUAAAAAUAACUGACAACAGGGAAGCUGGAACCUGUUUUCUUUCCUUUCACUACAGCGUCAGUCAGAAAAGAAGAUCUGCUUUCAGCCUCCCGUGUGUUUAGGUGGAAAUCAAAAGGAAGCAGUUGAAGUUGUUAGAGAUUUGUUUGGAGGAACAGCGUCCCUUCACCAGUGCUUGGCAUGAAAUAACGUUGCAAGCCAUCUCAUCCGACCUCGAUUUUAUCUCUCCAGAGUAGUGAAAGCCGCGGAGCAGCCUCCUCCUCCUCAGCCUCCUCCUCUUCCUCAUCAUGCUGCUGCCGCCUCUGCCGUGAGGGCUCGAUCAGCUUUUUCGAUACGUUUUCCCCUGUGGGAUUUUCUAUCCUCUUAAGUUUUUAAAGAGAAUGAAACAAAAAGGCCUUCCGAUCUCGUGAGGACAACUGGUGAACGUUGGUUAGAGACUGUUCUGUAAAGACACAUGGCGAAAACCAAAGAGAAACGCGUUUGGAAGGAAAUGUAUGGCGAUUUUCGAUCAGUGCCCGCAGAGCCCAUCGGCCGCAAGGACGAUCGCGACAAGCCCAACGCCAAGUUAGAGGACCCAGAAAAUGACAGAGGAAGACUCGAGAGUUUGAAAGUUAUUGAUUCGCAGUGUUUGGGAAGUGGGAAGAAGAAUAAAAUUGUGGAGAAGGGAGGCAUCAAUCAAAAAGACACCAUGCUGUCUGCGACACCCCUGUAUGGCAACCUUCACAGCUGGAUGAGUACUGAUCGGGUCCGCAUGUGCGGAAUUAAUGAAGAUGGCAGGAAAGUCUCUGUAAGCGAUGGUGAAACACAGAAAAGCAUGAAGCGGUUUGGGAUCAGGGAUGACAAUCACAUGACCCACAACUUGGGUGUGGUGGAUGCAGCGUCAGUGAGACAAAUUGAUCGACUUAGAGCUGCUAGUGGGAUUAUGCAAGAAGAACUGAGAAACCAUAAUGGUAUUAUGUAUCCUACUGCACGUGGGCUUAGAAAUGAGAAGGAGCAAGAGGCUGCUGUUGCAAUGACGAGCCUCGGAUUUAUGACUGAUAGAAUGCCUGAUUUGAAUUAUAAAUCACAUCCACCAGAAACCCUAGAAAAUGGCAGUGGCUGCACAAAGCCUCAUGAAAGCUUUAGCACACUGUAUAAAUCACCACCUGGACUACAAAAUGCUGCUGGUGCAAGAAGUGAAUCAUUGGGUUUAGAAGGAUCUUCGGCUGGUAAACAAGCACCAGUGAAUGGAACUGGUCCUAGUUAUUUGCGGCUUCCUUGGAUUAGCCCGUACAUGGAGAGUCCAGCACCAGGGAUGUAUCCAUUUGUGGAAUCACCAAGCAAAUACUCAAUGAACAUGUAUAAAACAUGCUUGAUACCUUCACAGAAUUCUUAUGGCUUACCACAACACAUCUCCUAUUCACCUGUCUGUAGCCACAGUGAUCGCUUCUUAUACAUACCACCUCCACAUUAUGGUUUGCCUCACAUCCCUUCAUCUCUUCCUUCUCCACUAAGGAUUACACCAGCUGCAACAUCACCCAUAAUGUCUUCUAUGGUUCAUUGUCCUGAUAAAUGCCUGUCAGGAAUAAUGACAGGAAAUCCUAGAUUGCAAGUUGAUCCCCAAAUUUUGACGCAUCAGAUAUCGAGUGGCAAGAAGACAAGGGUUACGGCUAAUGAAAAGUCAAACGCCAGUAGUGUUCCUGCAGACCCUGCUUCAUUGUUGCAAUCUCCUAAACCACCUGCCCGGCUUCAUCUUUCCUCAGCGCAGAUUGGAGAGAGCUCUUCUGAAUUCCAGAAACACCUAGCCAGAAUAUCUGGUUCUUCUCCUUCAAUGGCACUUCCUCAUGGUUAUUUAAGCAUAAAUAGUGAAUUUACUUCUCCUGCACGAUCAACGAACAGCAAAAAUUCAAAACCAACAGAAUCUGGUGAUAACUUGCAACAAACAGUUACACAUUCACGAAGCUCUCAGGCUGAACCAAAAGCUACAAAAUCUCCAUUACAGCAAGAAACACAGACACCCACCAAAGACUGCAGUGAGAAGCCUUUAGAUUUGUCAUCAAAAGUAGGCUGUGGUGAGACAUCAAGUGAUCAGGUGUCCAAGACUGACAGUACUGAUAAAGUGGUGCCAGUAUCAGCAGCUGGCAAAUGGCGCAACAGCUCCUCAUUGUCUAGCAAGGAAACGUUUUCUAGCAGGGAAACUCAUUCUGAAGUUUCAGCAACUUCAAUACAUAAUGAACUCCCCAUUGAAAGACCUGCUAUUAUCAACAAAUUACACUCAACCUGGGCUGUUCCUGGCACUAGUUCUCCUGGUGACCAUCAAACCAGUAGUAUAUUGGUGAGCAAUAAAACACUACAGCGUAUAAUUCCUCAUCAGAGAAGUUCCUCAUGCCCUAGGAUUGGGAGUUCCAAUGGUUCUGUCAAUCAUAUUCCAGGCUCAGUGUCUGGAUUAGGCCGACCUGCUUCUGCUUCCCCAUCACCAAAUGUUAGUACUGAAUGGGGUCACUCUGACAAGGCUCAUAGGAAUAACUCUUCAAAUAAAACAUCUGUGAUUCACCAAACAGGGCAGUCCUCUCCAGUACCCAGUAAACAGACCACUAAAGGGACCAAAGGUGGUUGUCAGGAUUUUACAUCACAUUCAACUGAAAGUGGCCAUUCAUCAGGUUCAAUAUUUCUCACUCCAAACGAGACAUUUUUAUCCCCACCUUUACCGUAUCCGAACAGAUAUUUCACCUACUCUACACCUGAAGGAAUCUCCAUUGGCCAUCUUCCUUUACCUGAUAAAGGACUUGUAUUUCCCCAUCCUGCUUUGUUGCCUAAUGGCAAUUUGUAUGCAGGAAACUUGGCACCAAAGCACAGACUUUCUUAUACCAGCUUGCCAACUUGCAGAGGUGAAUACACCGUGUUUCACAACACACAAAAUUUGAUCAACCCUAUAAUUUCAUCACAUACUUCUCAAGAAGAAAAAAGGAGUGAGGGAGCACAGCGGCGAUCUAGAUCGCAUGAUCGACUUCGAUGUAAUGAAGAGCUGGUUAACAGAGGAAGAUCAUCAGAAAUUUCUCAAAAAUCAAAUGUAACUCAGUUACAUGUUUCCACUGGACUUGAGAUCCCGUGUUCUAAUCCAAAGAACCAUGGCAAAAUGUUUGCAAAAGAUUACAAGGAUAAACCCUUAAUCGUGGAACACAAUGAUCAAUGGGGGAAAGUUGAAGUAAAAGCAUCUAAAAGGAGCAUCCUGCCAGAAGGAAGCAACAAACAAUACUCAAUGAAGGAAAUUGAUGAGAAAACAGUUGACCCUGUGGAAGCCAUUGCCAUACAAGACAGUGUCCACAAAGACAAAGAUGUCCACAAGGCAGUAGAAUUUUGUAGCUCAUCACAGGGUCAGUGUUUACCAAAUCAGAACUUAAACAAAGAUUUUAUUUCAGACUGCCAAAGUAAAGAGAGUACAACAGUUCAGUUGAUCGCUGAUCUAUCGGAGGGUGGUCGUAUCAUUGAUAGUGUUGCCACAUCUUUGGGUAAUACAAAUACCGAUAAGGAAUUUGGUGCUGAAGCUGAGCAGUUUUUGGCUCAAUUGAAUCACAGUGAUACCAAAGACAGAACUGAUGACUUGGACAUAGCAGCUGCUAAAUUUAUGAAGCCAAAAAAGUCUAAUCUAACAAAGCGAAUUGCAAACUCAGCUGGGUAUGUGGGAGAUAAGUUUAAGUGUGUCACAACAGAACUCUAUGCUGAUUCUAGCCAGCUUAGUCGAGAACAACGAGCACUACAGAUGGAAGGAUUAUCACAAGAAGACAGUAUUUUAUAUCAGCCUGCUGCUUACUGUGAGCGUGCUAUGAUGCGCUUCUCUGAACUUGAGAUGAAGCAACGGGAUGAUAAAGUUUCUGAAGAAUCAUUAGAGGACAACAAAGUAAGUGACACUGACUGCAGAAGCCUCACUGGGAAAAAGGAAAAGAAGUCAAAGGGAGAUUCAGAAGAAGAAAAUACAUCUGUGGAAAAUUUUGAAGCCUUCCGAAAGAAGCAAAAGAAUGGAUUCCGAGAUUUCAUUCCACUUUUUCUGAAAGUGCAAACACGAAGCCAGUCUGAUGAUCUAGAUGGUAAUGAAAAAUACCUAGAUGGGUUGGUUGAAAAGUAUAAAAAUGGAGAAUAUUGGACAGAUCAAACCAAUGCAGAGAGUUCCACCACCCAGAAAGAAUCCACUUUGAAUGAGGAGUUUGAAAAAUCUCUACGAACUUAUCAUCACAAUGAUGCUACCUAUUGUUCUGAGUUGAGCUGUGAGAAGAAUGCCCAGUAUUGCAAGGAAAAGUUACAGGACAAACAGAAUGAAACAAACACUCAUGAAGUACAAUCAGAGAUGAAGGAAUAUCAUGAGAAUUGCAUCAGUCAAGCUGUGCAGCCAGACAUUUCCAAGACUAAAAGAAAAAGACAAUGUUCCAUCACUGUAGAUGAAUGGACUGAGAAGGAGAUGAAUGAUGAAUCCACAGACAACUCAGAAGACUCACAUUCAAGUGAAGUAACAAACCUAAAGGUGUGCAUUGAGCUGACAGGACUGCAUCCCCGCAAGCAAAGGCACCUGCACCAUCUAAGGGCACUCUGGGAGCAGCAAGUGUCUCCUGACAGAUCCACUCCCUCCAAGUCAGGUCGGCUCAGUAAGAAAGAGUUAGCUGGGGCCAAGGAGCCAGAGUUCAUGGCAAAGGAAACUGAAGUCAAAGACAGGUUAGAAGAAAGAAACACCAGGAAAGGAUCUGAGGCCAAAUCCAGCAGAAUUGGAUCUGAGGAGACCUUCAAUAGAAAUGACAUUGAAAAAGGUUUAUCUACACCUCCAGCAUCUCCAAGGAAAAGGACAAUUUCAUCUGGCAUAACAAGCAGCAACUGGCAAGUACAACGAAAGACAAGCACACCAGCAUCACGAUCGUCAAAUAAGCGGCAAAGAAACAAGGAAAGCCGCAAGCGUGGUGUCUCGUGUUCUGGAGAGGAAGAGAACCAUCUACACUCACCAGUUUCACCAAAGUAUUCAAGCACCGAACGGGAGAAACCUUCAGGAAAGCGCCAAUGUAAAACAAAGCACCUAAUGCGUCAGGAUAGAAGACGGUCAUCACUGACAGCAGAUGACUCAACUGAUGUUGAGAGCUCAGAAGAAAAGCAAACCAGUGUCAGCAGGAAUUCUAGAAAACGUCCAGCACCAACCACAGACAUAGAUUCCACACCAAAGAAAACAUGUGAACAGAAGUCUGCUGAUCAUCUGUUGCAGAUUCCAUUAUUCCUGCAAUGCUCCCGGCCCUUGACUGUACAAGCAGUCAGCACUCCACAGGAGACAACUCCAAGUCGUCCCAUGCCUCCAGAAGCACGCAGACUCAUUGUCAAUAAAAACGCUGGUGAGACUUUGCUGCAAAGAGCAGCGCGUCUAGGCUACGAGGAAGUAGUACUGUAUUGUUUAGAAAACAAGGUUUGCGAUGUAAAUCAUCGUGACAAUGCUGGUUAUUGUGCUUUGCAUGAAGCCUGUGCCAGAGGAUGGCUCAGCAUUGUUUGUCACCUUCUAGAACAUGGAGCUGAUGUUAACUGCAGUGCUCAGGAUGGAACAAGGCCUAUUCAUGAUGCCGUAGAAAAUGAUCACUUGGAAGUGGUUCGGCUGUUGCUUUCAUACAGUGCAGAUCCAACCCUGGCCACUUACUCAGGUCGUACUGUUCUGAAAAUGGCACAUAGUGAAGUGAUGGAACUGUUUCUCGCAGAGUACUUUGCUGAUUUGCAAGGUCGAAGCAAUGAUGACCCUGGCUUGUACUGGGAUUUCUACGGCAGCUCUGUGUGUGAAUCAGUAGAAGAGUCUGGCUUUGAUGUCUUGGCUAAUCCACCAGGCCCCAGUGAUGAAGAAGAGGAGUAUGAUGAUGUGUUGGAAUUUGAGUUUUCUGACACACCUCUUUUACCUUGUUACAACAUUCAGGUCUCUCUCUCUCAGGGUCCCCGGAACUGGUUGCUACUAACAGACGUAAUCCGGCGACUGAAAGUUUCAGCCCGUGUCUUUCGCUCCUCUUUCCCUCAUAUUGAAAAUGCCACAAUUUCAGAGGCAGAGUUCUACAGACAGGCUUCUUUGAGCCAACUUUUUACCUACCCAGAGAACUUUGAAACUCAUGACAUUGACAAUAAAGAAACACUGGAGCUGGUGGAAUUCACAAGCGAACUUCAAGAACUAUUGGGAUCAUCUAUUAUGUAUCUGUAUUCUGACGAUGAGGUUGAAACAUACAAUUAACUGCAAAAGGACUAGGUCACGUAUUGGCUGCUGUUCUUACAUUAUGGCCUACAUUCAAGAAAAAAAUCUGUAAAUUAUGUAAAUGAUGUGCUAUUUCAUGGAUCGUUGUGUUUGGAAAAAACACUAUUCUGAAUACUAAAUGACACUGUUGUCUAUGUUCUUGUACAUUGAAAGCCAGAAUUCCAUUUUGGAUGGAUUUGUGAAUUUUUCAAAAAGAAAUCUCCCUGUUUAUAAUUUUUUUGUAUGCUGUCUGUUUCUUAUCUUUCUGUAAAUGUAAUUUUCUGCUUUUUGGCAGGUAGCCCAAAUUAGGAACUUUUUUCCUGGCACACUGCAUAUGUAAACACAUUCAUUUGAUUGUUAUUUUGUUUUAUUUUAAAGAAGCACUGAUUUUUAAGAUGGUGUCCACUUUCAGAUCGUGUGGUCCCUGUCACAUGAUCUGUUUAGGAGGCUCGGUUGUGUUAAGGCACUUCACUUUAUUGUUUACAAAGUUACUUGCCGUGGUCAGGUACACUUGUAAGAUAAUGAAAACUGUGUCCUUGUUUCAGAAGUACUCUGACUUGGAUUCACUUUUAGAUAACCACACACACACACAUACAUCACCCAGUCCUUUAUACAUACAGAUAUGUAAACAUGUUUUACAUUUUUGCUUUUAUUUAAAAAUGAAUUUAAAAUAUUUUUUCUGUACUUUGUACAAAAAAUUAUGAAAUUUAAAAUUUUUGAGGAUUGUACAAUAAAAUCUGUUUUGUCAAGAGUGGAGUUAUAUACUGUGGAUGUUGGGGAACUAAAUGUUUCUGAUAGUUGUAUAAUAUUUUAGAACAUCUGUUUAACUUUGUAAGUAAAACUGCUGUAUAUUUAGGUUUAUAUUUUACAGUGACUAAAACAAUUUUUCCUUAAAACAAAAGCCAAAAAAGGAAAUGUCUGUAAUAAAGACAUUGUUUGAUAAAGGGAUAUCAAUGUGCCAUAUUACUUGUGUGCAUGUAUGAUCACAAUCACGAGGAAAACAUUAGAAGGUAACACUUUUUCAUCAUCUUGUUGUGUUCAUAUUAUUAAACAAAAACAUCAACUUGAUGGAAGAUCUAAUUCACUGCCUCCUCCUAAUGUUCUCCUUUCUAUAAACGUGUUUUCAUCUUUCUGAAAAAAAGUAACCUGUGAGGGAUAGGUCAAGACUAAUUUAGGAGCAAAAUUGCUACAGCACAAAUUAUGCCAACAACUAGUUAAAAUCUGGUAACCACAGCACAACGUUAUGUGAGGAAAUGGUUACACAAGUUCAACCUAUUUUCACGUUAAGUCUAUUU